AUGUAUGUUCAAAAUAAUUAUCCAUAAAUGGAGUAAGAGAUCGCCGCAUUCAUCAACUACCCUACAGAGGCCAAUACAGAGAAGAUUUAUGACUAUUUAAAUAAGCUAUGCGCAAUCAAAUAUCAAAGUUAAAUAACCUAUAGCUCAUCUAAAUAUUGUAAAUUAUCAGGAGAAGAAAUCACUGAAGAUCCAAUCAUAAUUGAAGGUCAUUGCUUCUCACUUCAUCAAAUACAUUAAUAUUAUAUAAGACAUGGAAUACUCGAUGUUUCAAUAGGUGAUCUAAAAUUUAAUUAUUCUGAUGGAAUCACAGAAAAUUUUGUAACCAUUGAAUUGACAUAGGAGAUACUCCAAAAGAUAUACGGAGCUAAUUUGGAUUAAAUGUUAUAAGAAGCUCACCAUCAUUUUGAUAAAAGAUUAAAGCAGCCAGUCUUAUUUACUUGUGAAUAAACAGGAAGAUCAGGCGUGAUUUCGGAAUAAAUGAUUGUAAAUGGGAAGUAAGUAUGUACAGAAUGGGCUCAUCAGAAUAAGGACUAAUUAAGUGAAGAAUAAAGGAUAUAAUUAGAAUCUUCAUAGAGAAUAUAAUAUAAUUUAGGAAAUAGUUAAAAUAUCCAUUGA